UUCAAAUUUACAAUGCAGCUCUUAACAGAUGGAGGCAAGGAGCAUUAAUGGAAACUGCUACAAGCGCUUUAACAAUUAUCGUGUUUAAAUAAAGUCUUUGUAUUGUAUUGUAUUGUAUCUCGUGUCAUUUCAGCUUGGUUUACUUAAUUUAGGAAAUUGCGAAAGAAAGGAAAUCUCAACAGUGUAACUUCGCGUUUUGAUGGAGAUUACAUUUCAGACCAAAACAAAUAUAAUUUAGCGGUCCAGAGAGUAUACCCACCAGGAGAGAUGAACGGCUACGUGACCAGCUACAAAUUGUGUGCGUUACAUAACGUAAAUUCUUGAGUCAAUUAACAAUGGCGGAUGUCAAGGAUCAGGCGGAAGAAGACGAGAAGCCCAAAAUAAUGUACGAAAAUUUUCGAGAAGAGUUGUUCUUUAACCUCAACGAACUCAGAGAAUCGAAUACUCUCUGUGAUACAACGAUUCGAGCCCAAGGACAGGAUUUCCCUGCCCACAGAUGUGUUCUAUCAGCUGCAAGCCCUUACUUCCGGGCCAUGUUUACAAGUGAAUUGAAAGAGAAAGAAAGUAGUCUCGUAGAGUUAAAGGAGAUCAAAUCUACCACGAUUAGCGAUGUUCUUCAUUAUAUUUAUACUGGUGAAACAGCUAUCGACCCUUCCAACGCGAAAGAUUUGGUGAUGGUCGCCGACUACUUGAUAAUUCCAAGUUUGAAAAAGAAAGCUGCAUUUUUCCUCCAGAAUAAAAUGAUAAAUGUAUCCAAUUGUUUAGCUUUAGAAUCGUUUGCUUCUCAAUAUGAUUGCCAGCAACUAAGACAAGCCGCAGUUUCUUUCCAAACUGAGAAUUUUCCAGACGUCUUUAGAUCUGAAGAUUUCACGUCACUCGAUUCGAAGAAAGUCAAAGAACUGAUUUGCAUGGACGAGAUAAACGUGACUGAAGAAGAGGAAGUGUAUGAAGCAGUGAUGGCCUGGGUGAAACAUGAUCUGCCAACCAGGGAAUGUACCCUUCCAGAACUGUUGAAAUGUGUUAGGUUGUUUUCAAUGUCAAAAUCCAGUCUUCGAAGGAUACUUGAUCAAGAGCUUGUUUCCAAAAGUCUCGAAUGUACGAGAAUUGUAAUCAAUUCGUUGGAUUUGUUUCUUUUCCCGGUACUGUCCCAGGACACUUCGCUCAAACCCCGCUUGUCAUUAAAGGAUUAUGAAGAUGUAGUGGUACUCACAAGUGAACAACCGGCAUCUGAAGAAAAGGAUGACCACGUAAUCAGUUGUUUUGUGCUUGCUACUAUGACCUGGAAGUCCCUCACCACUAUGCCUUUCAACUGUGAAUAUCACGAUGCAGCAGUGUGCGGAGGACUCUUGUACGUUGUAGGAGGUGUUGAUUCAACCUCAGUUAGUUGUUUUAAGCAAAAUAAGUGGUACGCUCUUGAUACAAAAUUAAAAGGCAAAGACUGCACAGUCACAUCCUUUGACGAUGAGCUCUUUGUGAUAGGUGGUGACGAUUCUUGGCAUGAUGUUCGAAUUUACAAUCCAGUUCUUAACGAGUGGAGACAAGGAGGAUCAAUGGAAACUUCUCGUGCUGGACAUAAUGCAGUUGUACUUCAAGGACAUAUUUAUGUCCUUGCAGGUCACAAUGGAGAGGAAUGUCUAAACAGUGCAGAGUGUUACAAUCCAUCUACUGACCAAUGGGCUGAGAUUUCAAGUAUGUCUGCUGUUCGAAGGUCGGCUGCUGCUGUGGCAGUUGGUGGAAAAAUCGUAGUUGUCGGAGGAUUUAGUGAUAUGUCAAUUUGCAGUGUAGAACCUUCCUGUGAAAUAUUUGAUCCAAGUGCAAAUCAGUGGAGCCUAGUACCUAGUCUAAGUAUUCCUCGUGCUAGAAGUGGUAUUAUGGGCAUAGGAGACAGUGUUUAUUUAUUUGGAGGUGAGGAUGAAGAAAACUAUAGGAGUGAAGUGGAAUGUUUUGAUUUAAAAACAGGUGAAUGGGAUAAAAUAUCAGAUAUUCCAAGUCCUCCUUAUACAGGUCUGCGAGCAUCUUUGCUCAAAUUACCCAAAGCUUUUAUUGAAAGUAGCCGUUGAAAUCACAUCUUGAAAGUGUGGGGUAGUUUUCUUAGUUUUUUUCCCCUAGAAAUUACAAUUAAUGGAAGAAAGGAUCAGGGAACUAAUUGCUCUGGGUACUUUACUUUCAGGUAACAAAUCUCAACUGUAAUCUUAAAUUGUCAGCAUAAUAUUACAUAAUGGAAUUUUACUUAGAUUAUGAUUUUUUUAAACCAAUCCUUUAGGACAUAAACAUGUCUGAGUUUUGCUGUCAGUUAACUUUUCAACUGAUUUAAAUACUUUUGUGGGCCAUUCCAUGCCAGUCAGAUUAAGCAGUGCAGACUGAGUAUUGGCCUUGAAACAACCUCAACAAGACAAAGAUAAUUAUGAAACAAUUUGUGGAAAAUUCAUAAGGAAGACUUCCUGUUAAACAUGUGACAUAAUUGAUAUCUACUUUGUUAAGUGGCAAUUGUAACAAAGAUAUUUAGAUAAGGUCGUAUUUUGAAUAGGGUAUUUCAUUGUAAAGGUUAGGAUGUUUAUAUAUUUGUUACCAACAUAACCAUAGGGCUGAGUCUUGUGGCUCAUUUUAAUUAUGUAAAAUGUUCAGAGAAAGCUUGGUUGAUUGAUUAAAUAACCAAGAUUUUCUUCUGAGCAAAGACGUUUUACGUCAGAAGUUGUCCAUCCUCGCAAAUUUUUAAAAUUUAUAUAUAUAUAUAUAUAUAUGUAUUUAUUUAUUUAGUACUAGGAAAACUGCGUUAAAGAUUGGGCAUUUCCUUAUUAAGGAAAAAUCAUGUCUGAACAAAACAGACACAAUGGCAGGUUAGUAUUAAGUAGUUACUAGGUUGAGCAUGAUAUCAUGGAUUAUAAAUGCAGAGGUCUGGGUUAUCUGCAAGGCCAAAGGCUGAAGAAGAUAAAACAGACACAAGGUUUAAUAAUUCAUGACAUCGUGCAAAAACAAAAUUAAAUAAUUGUUUUAUUUCACAUUUUGUAAACAAUCAGCAAAAGAAGACACUUCUUGCUGAGUUUGCGAAAGUUUAAGAACACUAAAUGGACUGGGGGCUUGGAAACUAGGCAGACUUUGAACUCGACAUGGACACCCAUCUGCACAUGUUGGGUUAUCAUGUCAACUUCAAACACUAUUGCAUAUUGACUGUAUGCUCUCGACCAAUCAGAGUUUUCAUAAGUCUAAUAUAUAAUAAUAUGUACUAGAUACCAGGUGUAUCCUUAGCUUUGUGCUGUAGGCACUUUUUUGACUCAACCUUUGAGCUUGAAUUUUUUGUGCAUUUGUUGACAUUUGGUUAUAUGUAUUUUUCUACUU